UUCUUUAGGCCCAUUACUACCCCCAACGAACAUUCUCAACUCGAAUCGAUUGCCAGCAACCGCAAGAUCCAGAGGUCGUCGUCGUCGUCGUCGUCGUCGUCGUCGGAGAUUACGCCUGAUCAGGCCAUUCACCAAGAGAAACGUGAGGUUACUGUGGAGUCAGGAACGAAAAGAAAAGUCGGAGUACUUUAUUCGGGCAAUGGCUCAGUUUGACGAAUCCAUCAGGGUUCAGAUCCAAAAGCUUCUAAAUGUGAGAAAGAGUCUAACCGAAUGGACUGAUAAAGACAAGGAUCCGUGCAAAAUCGAAGAGGGUCUGUUCUUGGGAUCUGUUGGCGCUGCAAAAAACAAAGAUGCCCUUAAACACCUUAAUGUGAUGCACGUGUUAAUCGUGGCUAGUGCGUUGGAACCUGCAUAUCCAGAUGAUUUCGUGUAUAAAGUCAUUAAAGUCACGGAUAGAGAAGACACAAACAUAAGAGAAUGCUUUGACGAGUGCUUUGAAUUUAUUGAUGAAGCCAAGAGAUUGGGUGGAGGUGUGCUGGUUCAUUGCUUCGUUGGGAAAUCUAGAAGUGUUACAAUCGUUGUCGCUUAUCUCAUGAAAAAGCAUGGCAUGAGCCUUUCUCAAGCUUUGGAACAUGUGAAGAGCAGACGGCCACAAGCAUCCCCUAAUUCUGGUUUCAUGUCACAACUGCAGGACUAUGAGAAAUUUCUGCAAGGUUGUAGAACCAAAAAGGAGGAACCUGAAAAAAAACAAGUUAUCGAGUAGACGAUAAAACCGGAUCAGAAAAGUAAACCAGGAAGAUUCCAGCUUCCAAAACAAAGCAAGCUCUGGAACCAGUUCGACGGCGAUGCUGGCACUGAUGACACCUUAAUAAAACAGCAGACAUAUGUUAGACAAUUUGAUGGCAAUAUCUAGUGAGACGCAUUUGGAACUUGUGGUUGGUGUGCCCGGUUUGAACUUUUGCUUUUAGCAGGUAUUGAACCCAUGCGUUUACCAUGUAUUUGCAUUCUACUGUAGAAAACAUAAUAUAAUCAA